AUGGAUGAAGCCACAGAGGGUGUUAAGGAGGCAAUGGUGAGCGAGGCUCUGGUUCACAUCAGGGCUACCUUGCAAGCAGCUGUCAGGGAGGUGCACGUGGACGUAAGUGCUUUCAAACAGCGCCUAGAGCAAAGGGUCGAGGAGCUGUGCGUUUCCAAUGGACCCUUGGCUGAGGCCGUGAAUAGGCUGCAGGAGGAGAACCUGCAGCUCAGGGCAAAGCUAGAGGCCCUCAACCGCCUGGUGGAGGGUCUUGUCGCCGUAAAGAUCGAAGGGAGUCCUGCUGAAGUGAAGGGGAAGAACGUGGAGGACAAUUUAGAGAAUGGACAAGCAGAAGGAAGUCUGGUUUACGCUGAAAGAUCAGAGAUCAGCCAGUCGAGUCAGUCCACUUUCACAUACUCUGAAACAUCAGGGUCAAGUGGAGGAUCAAGCUAUGCUGCUGUUGCUGCUGCUGCUGCUUCCAGCAACACCUCAGCCCCUCCACCAUGGAGAGCAAAGAGACAUGCUGAAGUUAACCAAGACAAUGAUCCCAAACACACUGCUCAGGCAACGAAGGAGUGGCUCCGUAAAAAGCAUUUCAAGGUCCUGGAGUUGCCUAGCCAGUCUCCAGACCUCAACCCCAUAGAAAAUCUGUGGAGGGAGUUGAAAGUCUGUGUUGCCCAGCGACAGCCCCAAAACAUCACUGCUCUAGAGGAGAUCUGCAUGGAGGAAUGGGCCAAAAUACCAGCUACAGGGUGUGCAAACCUGGGCACUGAUGCAAAAGGAGAGAAAACUGUUGCCAAAACUGCACAAGAGAAUGGAAACCAAGGAAGCUCAUCAGUGGACUCUGAUGCAGCCCAAACUACUGAAGCUGUAGCCCACUCCCACCAUCCUCUCACUGCCAUCACCAAACCAAGCACAGAGUCUACCCUGGAACCCCCCAACGUGCCUGACCAGGAAAAAUCAGGUCUUCUGACCAAACCCCAUCAACCCCUCACUGCAAUGAUGAAACCCAGCUCUGAAGCUCCAGCUGUCCCUCAGUCUCCUGCCUCAACACCCAGGGCAACAAAGGAAACUCCAGUAAAACCAGUAGAGUCUGCUGCUAAAUGUGCCACCUAUGAACCCCGGCCUCAUCUUCCUGUCACUGCCAUGACAACUAAAUCCAGUCCAGAAGGUCUGGUCGCCACCAAACCUGCCCAGUCUCUAGCAUCGGUGCCGAAAGCAGGUGAAGCUCUGGAAGGUACGUCCGUAACAAAGGAGCAGUCAGGCUCUGUCGCUCAGGCUCCUGUUUCUGCACAGACUCCUUCGAUCCCAGAAUCCCCAACGAUGAAGCGAGGUGAAUAUCCAUUUCAACGUGACGUCACUGAACCCAAACCAUAUUCACCUGUUUCUGCCAUGAGUAAACCCAACACAGAGGCUUCACCAUCUGCUAUAACAGCUCCGCCCUCAAGUCUUUCAGCAUCACUAGACUCUACAGUAAAACCUGGGGAAUAUCCCUUUAAGAGAGUACCAGUUCUCAAGACACCCAGUCCCAGUCUGAAGAGAAGUGUGAGCUUCCCUCAACCUGCAGAAAAAUUACUUCCCUCCAAAUCAAUCAUAAAAUCUGGUUUCUCGCCUAAUAUAGACAAGAAAGUGAACAAGGCAGGUGGAGUCGAGUUUAAGCAGGAUGCGAUUAAAUCACAAACGCUUCCACGCGCCAAUGGGGCUCAGGCCAAACGGGCACUUUUUGAGAGGAUGAACUCAGAGCCUACAAAACCAAAGGAUUCCAAGCCUAAACUGAAGCGCUCUCAGAGUUUUGGAGUGUCCAGUGCCAGUGGCAUAAAACAGAUUCUCCUGGAGUGGUGCCGCUCAAAAACCAUUGGCUAUCAGAACAUAGACAUUCAGAACUUCUCGUCCAGCUGGAGUGAUGGGAUGGCUUUCUGUGCUCUGGUUCAUUCUUUCUUCCCUCUGGACUUUGAUUACAACACGCUGGACUCUGCAAACCGCAAACACAACCUCCAGCUGGCCUUCACCACUGCAGAGAAGCAGGCUGACUGUCUCCGCCUGAUCGAGGUGGAGGACAUGUUGGAGAUGGGGGACAAGCCAGACCCCAUGUGUGUGUUUACAUACGUCCAGUCCCUCUACAACCACCUCAAGCCAUUUGAAUAACUCUGUAUCAGAGUAGACUAUGAAGUCUUGAUAUUUUUCACCACUGUGUCACCUGUGUGUCAUGAGCACUUUGAAUGAGCCCAGAAUCGGCUUCCUGAUAAAAAAAACAAACAAACACAAUUGUUCAAAUCACAUGAACACAGACUUUAAAGCUGUUUUUCUUUGCCAAACCAGUUUUAUACUGUAUGUGUGCAUUCACCGGUUUCCCAGUUUCUUAUAUUGUAAUGUGUGUGUGGCUCUAAUGUUGCUGUAUUUACUGUAAGAGGGAGGCUGGUUUUUAGGUAGUUCUCAAAAACAAUGCUGUAAUCAAACAAGAAAGGAUUGCCACUGAGCUUAAAAUCAUAAUAAUAGUUUGCAAUAGCUCCUGUUAAUAAAUCAGUGUUUGGUAACCUGAGCAAUGUUACAAACCAAAGACUUGUGAACCAGUUCAGAGAUGCUCCAGUAACAAUAAACUGGAAUCGUGCCUGAGUUUAGUCUUGCAAAAUAAA